UGUAAGACGGCAAUGUAUUGGGUAAAAUGUUUCCUGAUAAAUAGAGAGAUAGGAUAGAUAGAUAGGAAUGUACUUCUUAUUGUUGUGUGGGUGUAAAAGGUUUUAAAACAUUAAUUGGUUAUUUGUACAUGUCUUUACCAACGCUAAAGGGAGUUAAUUCUGCAAUCAUCAAAUAGAGAAAUAGAAAUUAGCACCAACUACACACUACUGUCGUCUAGUGUGUGUUUCUUAGAGUUUUAAAUAUUAUUUCACAUUUCAGUAGAUUUGCACAAGGCGGCACAAGAAUCUUCACUGCGAAGAGGUUUUCGAUUGAUACUUUCAAUUCAAAUUCAGUUAUAAAGUUACAAGAUGUCAGACGACGAACAAAGUCCACAACCAUCUCCAGCAUUCAUACCCAAAGAAGAAGAAUAUGAGGAUGGCAAGUCUGAAGCGAAAAUUCGUAUGGAGAUGGAAGCAAAACGUAGAAAAGAAAGAGCCGAAGAAGAAUGGAGAGAGUAUGAAGAGUUUCGUAGAGGUGAAAGAGAAAAAGAAGAAGAGGAGAUACGUCAGUUAAGAGAACGUAGAGAACGACGAAAAAUGGAACGUGAAGAAGAAGAAAAGAGAUUAGCUGAAUUACGUCAAAUUGAAGAUCAGAAAAGACGAGCAGAAGAAGAAGAAAGACAGAGAAAAAAACGUGAAGAGGAACAACGUAAACGAGAGGAACGUGAACGUAAGAAGAAAGAAUGGGAGGAACGUAAAAAUGCUAAUCGACCAAACUUUGUUAUUACAAAGAAAGAGCCAGAUGCACAAGUAACACAAGAAGAAAAGAAAGAGGAGGUGACCAAAUCGAAAGAACAGUUAGAAGCUGAGAAGAAGGCUAUCUUAGAACAACGUAUUCAACCAUUGAAUAUCACUGGUUUCACUGCUGACCAGUUGAAAGCUAAGGCAAAAGAGCUACACGAUCUUAUCUGUCGAUUGGAGGGUGAUAUUUAUGAUUUGUCUCAACGUUUCACACGACAAAGUUAUGAUAUGCAAGAAUUGGCAGAACGUGCACGUCAGAUUAACAAAGGUGGUAAGGCAAAAGCAAUCUCAAAUACACCAGAUCCGUUGGCCGCUAAAUUCAGUGGUAUUCCUCCUAUGGUCGUCAUGUAUAGCCAGUAUGAACGUGUUAAAGAUCCACGAUCUUUCCAUGAUCGACGCACUGUCUUUUCAGGUGCUAAUUAUACUGAAGAAUACCAACGUAUUGCUCCAUCACAAGCUGUUGUCAUGACAGAGGAAGGCUUCCAAAUAGUUGGUAAAGCUGACAGUGGACAUUCAGCUCCUGCCGCUGAAGUUGGAGCUGAAUAAUAAUAACAAUAAUAAUACUAUAAACGACAAUAGUCUUGCUACUGUUAUACGCAUUAAUGACACACACACAUCUUACUGUCAUUCAUUUUCGACUCCUUCGCAUUUCCGUUUAUUCUCCCGUUUUUUUGUUGUCGUUUGUUGUUGUUGUCAAUUUCACCACAUUCGCUUCCAAUGUUGUUACAUUAUUAUUGUGUUGUUCUUUCGUUUCUCAGUUUUUAUUUUUAUGUCACAAUUUAGAAAAACAAAAAACACAAAAAUCCUCAUUUAUUUUAUUGACUUUUUUGGCUUUUAACAGACUGAACUAUCCUUCUGCUUUCCCGCCUUCCUGAUAAAUUAUGAUGAAUUAUCAUCCUUGGUCUCCUCGUCUUCUUUUACGGCCUUCAUUCAUUGUUAACUUUCACUAAUUAUGGAUUCUGCUUUAUUAAUAUUGUUAAUUUUAUUGAUUUACCUACAGAUAUGUUCAGUUUAUUAUUGAUUUAUCGUACUACUACUACUACUACAACUACAUAAGAUGUCAACCUUCAUUACAUAAUUAACUGAUCAACUAAAUCACCCUUAUCCUUUAAUUUAGACCACCGUGUAGUUUACCGUUAUUACUGUUAUUGUUAUUAUAACUUUCACUCUUAUGUUGAAUAAUUUACUUUAAUUAUUGAUAUAAUCACAUUUUAUUGCACCAGUUUA